AUGCAGCAUUCAAAAUGUAAUCGUCCUUAUAAAAUUUUAUUUAUUGGUGACAGUGCAGUUGGGAAGACAAGUUUAAUGUUUCGUUUUGCAGAUAAUACAUUUACUGAAUCAUUCACGCCAACAAUUGGAAUUGAUUUUAAAGUUAAAACAAUUUUGUUCCGAGACAAACUAAUUAGAUUACAACUUUGGGAUACAGCUGGUCAAGAAAAAUUUUAUAAUAUAACUCGAUCUUAUUACCGUAAUGCCGAUGCUAUAAUCCUUGUUUAUGAUCGUACAGUAGCAAGUUCAUUUCAAAAUGUAAGUCGUUGGAUGAAAAAUAUUGAUGAAAAUGCUCCUGAUGAUGUCAUGCGAAUAUUAGUUGGAAAUAAAAGCGAUCUUCAUCAUACUAUUGUUAUAUCAUCACAAGAUGGAAAGAAAUUAGCCGCUAAAUAUAACGUAGAUUAUUUUGAAACAAGUGCGAAAUCCGAUACAAAUGCAAAUGUAUCAAGAAUGUUCUAUACUUUAACGGAAAAAAUACUUGAACAAAAUCAAGUAGCACCUAAACCUUUAGACACUACCGUUCAUAUAUCAAAUAAUCCAAUAGAUUCAACAUAUGAACAACUCAUUAGUUGUUGUUCGGUAUCAAGAAUAGCUGAUAAAAAAUGA